AAUGAAGAUCGUUUGCAUUGGUGCUGCACCAACGGCUCUCGGAGCUGCCUACCGGCUCAAUGAGCUCAAAAACGAGGGAAACGAGGCUGCUCAAAACGCUGAAAUUGUUCUUCUUGAACAGGAGGCCAUUGCUGGAGGACUCUCCUGCACUGUAACCGAUGAGAAAGGUUUCCUCUGGGAUAUGGGAGGUCAUAUCACUUUCAAUCACAACUACCCAUACUACGAGAAGGCUACUCAAUGGGCUGUUGAUGACUGGAAUAAGUUGGCAAGAAACUGUAUGGUUGAUAUGAAUUAUUUGUAUGACAAGAAAGGAAUCCAUUUGGUACCAUAUCCAGCUCAAUUCGCUGUUCCAUUGUUCCCGGAUGAAGUUAAGAACCGUUGUCUUGCUGAUUUGAAGGAGAGAUAUGAGAAUCCACAAGACGGAACUACCCCAGACAACUUUGAAGAAUGGGUUCUCCAACACUUUGGACCAACAAUUCUUAACACUUUCUUCAAACCAUACACUAAGAAAGUAUGGACUGUUGAGCCAUUAAAAAUGUCUCCAAAUUGGGUUGGAUCUCGUGUUGCUAAGCUUCCACAGGAGAAGCUCGAGGAGCUUUGCUCAAUGGAUCAAGCAGAGUUGGCUAAUGCUGAUUUUGGAUGGGGACCAAAUUCCUAUUUCACUUUCCCAACUUAUGGAGGAACUGGAAAUGUUUGGAAUUCGAUGGCAAAGAAGUUGCCAAAUGAGUGGUUCAAGUUCAACAAUAAGGUCACCGGAGUCGAUCACAAGGAGAAGACCGUUGAGAUUCUUGAAAAGGGACAAACCGAGCCAACCAAGAUGUCAUAUGAUGUUCUUCUUAACACUGCUCCAAUUGAUCAACUUGUGAACAACACACAAAUCACUGCUCCAUUGGAUAUUGUUCAUAAUAAGGUGUUCAUUGUGGGAGUUGGACUCCGCAAGCCAAUGACCUCAUUCCUCGAGAAAUUCACAUGGCUCUACUUCCCAGAUCGUGAAGUUCCAUUCUUCCGUGUCACAAUUCUCAGCAGAUACGGAGAAGUGACUCCAGAUGGUGAUAAGUAUUGGUCUGUCAUGUGCGAGUGUGCUCGGCCAAUCGAUGAUCCGAUCACCGAGGAAGAGAUGGUCAAGAAGACACUUGAUGGACUUGUCAUCAAGGAUAUGAUCACUCGUGAGGCUAUUGAGUCGGUUUAUUCCAUUACUUUGCCAUAUGGAUACCCAAUUCCAACUCCAAAUCGUGACCGUGAGCUUGCCCGUGCUCACGGAGAGCUCGAACGUCAUCAAAUCUAUUCUCGUGGACGUUUCGGUGGAUGGAAGUAUGAGGCUUCAAACCAAGAUCAUUGUUUCAUUCAAGGAAAGGAAUUCAUUGAUCGAGUAAUUCUUGGAGAACCAGAGAAACUUUACAAAACCGGAGUUCCAACUAUUCCACGGGGAUAAGCUUGAUUAUGACUUUUUCGCUUUUAAUAAUUCAAUUAAUCCUAUUAUAUUUUUCAAUUUUUGUCUUAGAUUUCUCAAAAUUUGAUCGAUUCGACAGAGUUUCAUUGAAAUUAGCUUCUAUGAAUUUGUGCAAUACCAUUAUUUUUCGCAAUUUUUUUGAAGUGUAUUUGAAACGUAAUUUAUUUUUGGUAAUAAAAUUUUUUGUUGAUUUCAAAAAUUUUUGUUCAUAAUAAAAAGUAUUGCUUUU